UUGGCGUUUAAAGCUACGUCAGAUUUUCGGAAGAGGACAGCUGUGCUAGAGAGACGUAGCCGAGGCUAAAACGGACAGAACGGUUUUAUAAACAUUUUUCACCUUAAUGGAAAGAAUGCUGGACUUGAGGCUCGGUAAAGCAGGACACCUAGACUGAUGGCAGCUAUAACUGUGUUGCGUCACGUCAGCGCUAGUCCUCUGCUAUGGGGAUGGGGGCCUGUACUCUUCGUCCUGUUGGGCUCAGUGUUGGUUCUGCUGCUGCCUCUGGUGGGUGUAGAGGAGAAUUGCUGUACAAAAUUGAGAGGCAUCGCCCUCUUGCGCUGCCAUCUGUGGGGCGACAACCAUCGUGCAGUGGGGCACUCGACCAGCCUCACUGUACCCUACACUGCACUUGAGCUCCUGCCUCAAAAGCCCAAGCCCAGUAAAGAUUCACAGUUGGAAUCAAAGGCAGCUCUUCUUCUGGCCCUGGAGAUGAAGAAACAAGGGAAAAGGGAGAAGGCGCACAAACUUCUUGUUCACUCGCUCAACAUGAACCCAGGUUUUGUGGAUGCCCUGACCGAGCUAGGUACCCUCCUAGAGGAGGAGAAGGACGUGGUCCAGGCUGAGCACCUGUACAGGAAAGCGCUUGCCAUUUCACCCUGUCACCAGAGGGCACUGGUGAGCCGUGAUCGUACUCUCCCUCUAGUGGAGGAAAUUGACCAGCGUCACUUUGGCAUUAUCGAUGCCAAAGUGCAACGUCUCAUCUCCAUCCCAAAAGGCAAUUCUGCUCUUCGCAGGGUCAUGGAGGAGACUUAUUACCACCAUAUUUACCAUACCGUGGCCAUCGAGGGCAACACACUGACUCUGUCUGAGAUCCGCCACAUCAUUGAGACCCACUACGCUGUACCAGGGAGGAGCCUCCACGAGCAGAACGAAGCUGUUGGUGUUGAUGCCGCCAUGAAGUACAUCAACAACACACUACUUUCACGCCCUGAUGCCAUCACCAUCAAUGAUAUCCUGGAGAUCCACCGACGAGUGCUGGGAUACACAGAUCCAGUGGAAGGGGGGCGAUUCAGGGUCAGCCAAGUGUUUGUAGGCCACCACAUACCACCUCAUCCGAGCGAGGUGGAGCGGCACAUGGAGGAGCUAAUACAUUGGCUUAAUUCAGAUGAAGCGCUGCACCUUCACCCAGUGGAAUUUGCUGCUCUGGCGCACUAUAAAAUGGUCUAUAUACACCCAUUCUUAGAUGGGAACGGAAGGACCUCAAGGCUUCUGAUGAACUUAGUGCUGAUGCAGGCAAAUUACCCACCAAUCACCAUCCGGAAAGAGCAAAGGGCAGAGUAUUACACCGCCUUGGACACAGCUAACGAGGGUGACGUUCGCCCGUUCAUCCGUUUUAUUGCCAAGUGUACGGAGAUCACUCUGGACACACUGCUCAUAGCUACCACUGAAAAUGCAGUGGGUUUGCCUGAUGAUAGCAAUCAAGCUUGUCCUGACUGCAAACAGACUAUAUCGGUGCAUAACUAAUGUGAUCUGCAACUCAAUCAUGUCAUAAUUACCACUGGUCACUUUUGGACCCUCGGUCUUCUCGAUAGUCAUCAUUAUUACAUUGCUUUAGCAAGACUGGCCUUUACAAUUAAUGGAGAUCCAACAAAUCAAUCACACACUUGAUUCCUCUGAGUAGAGAAACUAUUUAAUCAGUCAGCUGUGUUAGUGUUCAAUUCAUCUCCAAUCCAAACACCAUUCUGAGCCAGGAUCAUGCUGCCAUUUUAGAAUUCCAUGAUCAUGGAUCAUGUUGGAGACUGUCAAAUGUUGCAUAAUUUUGUUACAAUAGUAUGAAAUUUGCUGGUAGUUUAGUUUGGAUUUUCUGAUUUUGUUUGAUCUUUUGUUUUUUCUAUAAGAGAAUUCCUUUGAUCUUGGGAGCAAAUCAUAUAUCAUAUCGAUUAUAUACAACUGGUCUGAUUGUAGAACUCUGAUUUAUUGCUUCUCUCACAUUCAGUCUGUUUUCCCCAUUUUGUCGUUUCAUGUUAGUUUGAUAUUCAUAGCGUCUACAUUUUAUUGAUUUUUAUUUUAUUAUGAUAGUGGACCAUUAGAUUGGGAAUGCAUAAAAAUCAGUUAACAUCAGUGUUCUUGAUAAUGGAGUUGUCUUUUUUGACUAGUGCUAGCAAUCGUUUAUGCUAACACAAACAUUUUAAAAGUUAGCUAUUCAGCAGUGUUUACCAGAAUUUUUCCUUGUAUGUUAUUCCCUUUGUUUUAUUGUUUAAUUAAAAAAAGUUUUACAUUCUUAACUAAUUCUGCUAAAUUCAAGUGUGAGGUCAUUAUUUUAGCAAUCACCAUCUUAUUUUUUUUAUUUAUUUAUUUUUGCUACUACAGAGUCAAAGUUCAUAUGCUAGUUUCCUCAUUGUGUGCAAUUUCAACAUAAAGACCUGGGUUUUUGCUUUGUUUGCUCAUAAGGUUACGUUUAGUUCUAUAGACAAUAUUAACCACAUUACCACUUUGUGCCUCAUGUUGAAGGUUUGCACCAAGAAGCACUUUAUAUUUCUGAGCUGAUGUUAUAACUUAUUUAUUUUGCUGACUUGUGAAGUUAUUUUCUGAGCGUGUGUGGAAAAAAAAAACGAAUUAAAUUAUUGAGAUCA